AUGAUGGCGGCGGCGCCCAUGGAAGCGCAAACGGCGCAACCUCCCUCCGAUCCGUCGUCCGCCGCCGCCUACCCACGGUGGGUGAUGCUCGAGCCGGACAUGAAGAUCCAGGCCGAGGGCUCCUCUUGCUCCACGUCCGACGCAAGCAAGACCCUGGCGGCUGAGCACCGGGCACCUGAUCCAAGUCUCCCUCCGCCUUGUGGAGCCACCAGGGGUUUCGUGCGUCUGCCUUCAGAUUCCUGA